AUGAGUGGUGGAGUUGUCGGUGAUGGACACGCCAGCGAAGGCCACGCGAGUGAUGGGCCCGUGAGUGAUGGCCUCGGCAGUGAUGGCCUCGGCAGUGAUGGCCCCGUGAAUGGCGGCGAUAAGGGGGGGGUGAGUGAAGACCAAGAGCGUGUCGAGAGUGGCCCCGCCAGUGACGAACGUCCCGGGACGGACUCCGUCCCGAUCUCCGAAGUCCGUUCGGAGGGAGGCGAGCGUGAGCGCGUUUCCACAGGCUUACGUUCAGUAGAGUCGGGAGAGCGCGAGGAGCUAAGCUCCCCGGACACGGAGUCCGAGGUUAGAGCGGGUUCGAGCUCGGCCCCGUUGGACCGGGCUGCGUCGGAAGACGGACUCCUCUCCUCGGACGACAGCGAGAUCCUAACGGGAAAGAAGUCCGACCUAUCGAACGGUCCUUCACUUGGGCGCAACGACGACAACCAGGACCGUGACAACCGGGACCGUGACCACCCGGACGGUGACCACGACCACCGUGACAAAGACCAAGACCACGACCAGGACGAGGAAGUUAGUCAGGAUGACGAAGACCGUGGUCUGGAGCGUCUGUCGUCGACGUCGUCCGCGCUGUCGUCAGUCCUUUCGUCGCGCGUGUCGUCCACUUCACGCCCACGUUGGGAUGAGCCGAUAUGGUCGCCAGAGAUUGAGAGCGUGGAGUGUGUGGCUAUAAGUGAGGACGCCGGCUCGUCGGAGCUAGAGCCGCGCGGCCAAGAAUUGGAGGAGCUGGAUCCCGCGACGUUGACUACAACCACCACGAUCGUGCCGACCGGCGAGCCCGUAACCACCGUAACGACAACGAGGCGUGAAGUUACGGUCGUGAGCGAACUCUCCGACGACGACGAUGACGAGACCUCGGCCUCCACCUCGGAACCUGCCCAGGAAGUCGACCUGUUGGACAGCGGUUCCGACAGGUUCCGGUCCAAGGACUUCAAAAACGACUCCCCCCAUGACUCGCACUCUCACCUCGACUCGCACUCUCGACCGGGGUUCCGCCCCGACGUCAUGUCCAGCGACCUCACUUCUGGACUCUCUGAACUGAACUCGGAAUCCGACGUGAAUCUCCCCGCGGGCCCUGACGACGUGGCGCUGGGAAACGUAUCUCCGGAAGACGUGACCCCGGAAGACGUUUGCAUGCGGCGGGAAACGGCCAUACCGGAAACUGAAGGCCGUCGCAAGUCCUCCAGCUCCGGACUCGGCCGUUCCGAGUCUGAACUGGGCGGCGACGAGUCGGAACUGGGUGGCGACCAAGAUGACGGGGCAGCGGAAGCCGGCACGGACGGGUCGCUACGUUCCGAAGGCGGUUACGACCCAAAGAGUCACGACCGAAAGAGUCACGACCGAGAAGGAAACUCGGCUGGCCCUGGUGGCCCCGACCGGUUGGGCUCAGGCUCAGAGUCUGAGUCGAGGUCGAGGUUAUCGUCAGACGAGGAGUCGGUGGAAAUUCGACGUGCGGAGGUGAUUGGUGAGUACGAGCAGUUGCUGACGACGCCAGUAGAACCGGUGCCGGCUGCGACGACAGGUGUCAUGGCUGACGUGUUUGUGGAGGAAGUGUUUUCUGACGCGACCAGAAGUCGGUCGCGGAGUCGUUCUGGGCGAACGACAACGAUUGUGGAGUCGCAAACGACCACGACGACUGGUUGUGCGCCACGGCUGGCUAUGGUCACCACCCAGACGCUCUCACGCGCCAACAAACUCCACCGCCUCCAGGACGCAACCAAUUCGACCCGCCUAAUCCUCGUCCGAGUCAACGAACAAGGCCAACUGCUCUGCCCCUGCUGCGCCGAAGAAAUGCAUGAAGCAUUCGACAUACGUACCCUCGAAACCGAAACCGAAGCCUGGGACCACGACGUCCAGACCUCCUGGUCCGUACGCCAACUACCCAGCGACCGAGAACAAACUUGGUACCACGAAACCAGCCACGUUCACUACCACUAA